AGGGGCCGGCUCAAGUGGAAGGGUGCCAAAGUCGUGCCCCGAUGUGUGACAUGUCUGGGCGCUGAACAACGGUGUCAUGGGCGGCACAUUGUCCACGGAGCCGGCAAAAGAUUCGACCAAGAAGAAGAAAAGCAAGAAAAAGGGCGAUGACAAAGAUCUCAUCGUUCCGAGCGAGCGGCAGACCGCGGACGAGCCCCAGCCCGAGGCGGCAGAAUGGCCUGAGGCGGCCACCACGGUAGAGGCAGAGCCGGAGGGGUCUGAGGAAUGGCCGGAGGGGAUGCCAGCACGAGGAGAGCCGUGGCCGGUGGAACGCCCCGCGUCCAGGAAGCCCUCUGUGCCCGACGCGGCUUCUCCGGCGACGUGGCGCACGCCGGCCACGCCCCUGCGUGGGAGGAGUGAGGUGGAGCCGGAGACCGACUCCUUCGGAGUCUUCGGGAUGCUGCCCAAGAGCAGCAGGACAUACAGCAGGCAGUUGGCCGAGCGGACUCAGGGAACGACGCAAAGCACAUCUGCUUUGCCAGCCUCCUGCCUGCUCCGGAUCAGAGUCCUGAAGGCCCAGCUGAGGAAGAAGCGUGCCGGACUGGUGGGCGACCUGGCGGAGGUCGCAGUGGUGGCGAGGCUGGGCCGGCAGGCGGCGCGCACGGCGCUGGCGGAGCUGGGGGCCCAAGGGGCGGAGUGGCACGAGACUUUGGAGCUGCGGGUGCCCGAAACUCCCGGAGCCGGGCGCUUGGAUUUGGAGGUGAUGAGCAUGACGGUGCACCGGGAGGAGUUGUUGGGCAAGACCUCGCUGCAGCUGGCCUCGAGCGGCCUGGGCCCGGCCUGGACGCGGCGGAGGAUGCCGCUGGGCGCUGGCGAGUGUCAGCUGGACCUGGAGAUGCAGCUGCUGCCACCAGGAGUGCAGCCUCAGGGCGAGAGGGAGCAGGAGGACCUGGACUAUCAGCUGGGCGCGCGGAUGUUCCAACCCAAGGGCCAGGCGCUGCCCUGGCUGGGUGUCCGGGUGUUGGAGCUCACGCGCCGCACCUGGACGGCGCCCUUCGCAGGGCGCUUGAUGGCGUCCUGCGGGGCGGAGGUGGUGCGGUGCGCCUUCGGGGAGGAAGCGCUGCUGGUGCGGAAGAAGCAGGGCGUCAAGGUGGGGGCUGCGUCUAAGGAGCCGCACUCGGUGCCCAAAGAGCUGCAUCAUGGCAAGCGUCUGGCAAAGGAGCUUCCAGAGGACCCGCGGGACCUGGCCACUCUGAAGGCGGAACUGCUGCCAGGCUGCAACGUCUUCCUGACAGAUCUGCCUGCAGACGAGCUCGAUGAGAUGCAGCUGGGCGCGGUGGAGUUGCGGCAGCAGUACCCUUGGCUCAUCUUUGUGCACGCCAGCACCGUGGGCAUGUUGGCGGAUGUCAGCAACAAGGGCAUCAGCGACGCGGGGGCCUUCUUCAGCCUCUCAGGCCUGGCGGAGCAGCUGGGCCACGUGCUGGGCCCCGCGGGCUUCGCCGCGGCGGUGGCGGGCUCCGCGCUCUUCGGGGUGGCCUCCAUGGCGGUGAUGCGGCGGCGCUGCGGCAGCCCAGGUGACCGGGUGGAGAUGAGCAUCUUCCGCGCCGGGCGCUGGUGCUCCGGCCUGGGCGCGCUGACGGGCUGGACGCGGCCCCCAGCGCCCGACCUCCGACUCGCUGCAGAGGGCGUGGCCGUGCCGCCCAUGGCCACCCCUUUCGACGUGGAGGGCGUCGGCUUCGUGCCGCCGAAGCGGCCUGCUGGCGCCAAUCCGAGGUGGUCAGUGCUGGAGCCCUCGCUGCUGCUGCCGGCGGUGCGCCCCGAGUGCCCCGUGGCGGCGGAGCUGCCGCUGGCGCGGGUGUCUGUGAUCGAGCUCAGCGAUGAGUACCAGGUGUCAGCCACGGCACUGGGGGCCAUGCUGGCCGACCUGGGCGCUCAGGUCACCAAGGUGGAGCGGCCGCAGCGCCCGGAUCCCUGGAAGCGCACUUGCCCCCAGCUGUACCAAGACCUCACCUGCCGCAAAGAGGUGCAGCAGGUGAACUACACGGGCGUGGGGGGCAGCGACGCCAAAAGCGGCGCGCCGCUGCCGGGCCAGGCGGCGCUGUACCGAACGCUGGCGGAGGCCACGGUGCUGGUGACCAAUCUGCCACUGGCCGCCCUCGAGGCUUGGGGCUUGGAGCCGAAGCGCUUGAGGGAGAUGUUCCCUCACCUGAUCAUCGUGCUGAUCACUACCUGGGGCUGUGACGUGUGGGCGCGGGAGAGAGAGCUGAGCAGCCGCAAAGGCGGCCAGGAGUCCCAUGCCUUCUGGGAGGCCAGCGGCCUGGGCCAGACCUUCGGCGUCCGCAGUGAGCCCCCGGGCCUGGGUGAGCUGAGCCUGGCGCAGCUGGCGCUGGGGGGCCUGGGCGCCGCGCUGCUGCGGCAGCAGCGCACCGGCAAUGGGCAGCUGGUGCAGGUGAGCCGACACCGUGCUGGAGUGUACUGCCAGCGCCUGUCGGCGCUCGAGCCGCCGGAGCCGCUGAGCAGCCCCCUGCUGCAGACGCUGGACGGCCGCUUCCUGCGGCUCCUGGGCCGAGGACGACAUCAGCCGCACGACGCCUGGGUCCUGCUGCACGCGGUUGGCCGCCGCGAGAAUCUGGCGGACCAGCUGGGAGGGGGCAUCGAGAAGCUCCGGCAGAAGUUGGAGGGUUACAGCUGGGAGGAGAGAUCCAGAAGCACCAGGACGAGUUGCUGGCCUGCGCCCGUGAGUGGACCUUUGAGGAGACCUGUCAAAGGCCUUCCAGGACAAAGGCAUCACCUGGUUUGUGGAGGAGAUGAGGCCCACAGACGCCGAGGCGUUGCACAGCCGUUGGGGGGCCUUCGUUGCCGCCUUCUUCUUGGGGCCCCGCGCGCUGUGGGGCCCAUGACGCGCGACCGCUCCCGGUCGCCGCGGAAGACGGAGGUGAAGGAGAUCCCGGUCAUCGGGGACAGCCGGGUACUCAUCGCGGCCAAUUUGUUGGAGGAGAUCCCCUCGCGGCUGCAUGCGUUGGGGCUGAAGCCGGCCGCACUGGCCGUUGUCAGCGACAAGACGGUCGAUGGCCUCUACGGGGAGCGCCUGGCUGCGGCCUUCCAAAAGCACGGGGCGGAAAAUCCGGGCGGCCCCCGCGUGCUGCGCUACGCCUUCGCGCCCGGGGAGUCCUCCAAGAACCGGGAGACCAAGGCAGCGAUCGAGGACUUCAUGCUGGCGAACAAGUGCACGCGAGACAGCGCCAUGCUGGCGCUGGGGGGCGGGGUGGUGGGGGACCUGGUGGGCUUUACCGCUGCCACCUACAUGCGCGGGGUGCCGGUGGUGCAGGUGCCCACCUCCACCAUGGCCAUGAUCGACAGCAGCGUGGGGGGCAAGACGGCGCUGAACGUGCCCGCAGGCAAGAACCUCAUCGGAGCCUUCCACCAGCCCAAGGUGAUCUUCGCGGACCCCACGGUGCUCCAAAGCCUGAGCCGCCGGGAGGUGGCGGAGGGCCUGGCGGAGGCCAUCAAGAUGGGGAUCAUCCGCGACACGGAGCUCUUCAAGACAAUGGUUGCCAACCCUGAGAAGAUCAUGGCCUUGGACCAGAAGUUGAUCCAGGAGGUGCUACACAAGGCGGUGGCGCACAAGGCGGACAUCGUCGCCAUCGACGAGAAGGAGACUGGCCUGCGCGCCACCCUGAACUACGGCCAUACCAUCGGCCACGCCAUCGAGGCGCUGGUGUCGCCCAAGCUGCUGCACGGGGAGUGUGUGGCCAUCGGCUGCGUGGCGGAGGCGGAGCUUGCUUGCCGGAUGGGACACCUCAAGGCGGAGGCCAUCCCCGAGAUCCGGAGCUGCUUCCAGGCGUACGGACUGCCUGUGGUGCCCCCGGCCGGUUUGACCCUGGAGAAGGUCAUGGAGAAGAUGGCCGUGGACAAGAAGAACCAGGGCAAGACCAUUCGCUGCACCAUCAUCACAUCGGUGGGUACUAGCAUCGAGCACCCCCUGCCGGUCCAGCGAGAGCUCAUGGAAGCGGUGGUGGGAGAUAUGCUGAAAACGAGCGUGGCCUGUGCCAAAACCGACCCUCUGGUGGAGUAA